AUGCAGCGCCGACAGAGCGCACGAGGAGAGUGGAUUCCCACCGAGGGACAGUGGCCAGUGGACCCUCAAAAAGAUGUUGAAGUUUCUGAGCAGCGCAUAUGGGUCGAUGGCUGUUUCGACUUUGCCCACCACGGCCACGCGGGCGCCAUGCUGCAGGCGCGCCAGCUGGGCAACGAGCUGUUCGUCGGCGUGCAUUCGGAUGAAGCAAUCAUGGAGAACAAGGGCCCGACAGUGAUGCGCCUGGACGAGCGCGUCGCCGCCGUCGAAGCCUGCCGAUGGGCUACCAAAGCCGUCCCUCGCGCGCCCUACGUGACCUCGCUCCCCUGGAUCACCCACUACGGCUGCCAAUAUGUUGUCCACGGCGAUGACAUCACUUCCGACAGCGACGGCAAAGACUGCUACCGCUAUGUCAAAGCAGCCGGUCGCUUCAAGGUGGUUAAGCGCACGCCCGGUAUCUCGACCACGGACCUCGUAGGCCGCAUGCUGCUCUGCACAAAAUCGCACUUUAUACCCUCGCUCGAGAAGCGGCUCUCGGGCGACGAAGGCCCAGGCGACGACAAGGAGCGAUUAAAGACUGGCGAGGACAUGCUACAGCGCAUCAAGGACUACGCCACAGAUGCUUCGGGUCGCGCGCCGGGCUGCGACGUAUGGUACUGGCAUGCUUCCCGCCCCGUCAAGCUACGCCGAACCACCACCAGCAACACCGUCGCCUCGCCCACCUCGCCCACCGCUCCCCACCGCCCUGGUGCCGUCCGCGCUGCCUCCACGGCCUCGGCUCUCGGACCCGUCAAGGAGGAAAAGGGCAAGUUCCACCAGCUGGUCCAAGGCAAGGGCGUGAAACCGGGUCAAAGAGUCGUGUAUGUCGACGGCGGCUGGGAUCUCUUUUCCUCGGGCCACAUUGAGUUCUUGCGUCUCGUUACAUCGGUGGAAGAGGAGGGUGCUAAAGAGAGGGGGUGGUAUACCGAGGAAGCGAAGAAAGAGCGCAUAGAGAAGGCGGGUGAGGACUAUGGGCCCGUGUUUCUGAUUGCAGGUAUUCACGACGACGAGGUGAUUAAUCAUUGGAAAGGGAUUAAUUAUCCCAUUAUGAACAUUUUCGAGCGCGGACUCUGCGUGCUGCAGUGUAAAUACAUCCACUCCGCCAUCUUCGGCGCUCCCUUCUCCCUCAGCAAAGCCUUCUUACAUACCCUCCCUUAUAACCCCGAAUCCCCACUCGCAGCCGUCUACCAUGGCAAAACCACUUUUAUGCCCUUGGCUUUUGACCCUUAUGCCGUGGCCAAGACGCUGGGGCUGUACACGGAAAUCGCCAACCAUGAGUUCCAAAAUGUGAAUGCGGCGGAGAUUGUGAGCAGGAUUAUGAAGGGUAGGGCGCUGUAUGAGGAGAGGCAGAGGAAGAAGGGGGAGAAGGGUAUGACGGAGGAGGUGGAAAGAAUUCGUCAGGAGAUGGAGAGGGAGCAGAGGAGGAGGGAGGUUGAGGGGCAGUUUGGGCUCUAG